AUGUUAAGCAUGCUGCCAAAACUUAUUAUACUAUUGCUGCUAGUUAAUAUCCUGACAGCACUGCCAGCUUCGGAAUUAAAGAUCCAGGGCUCUGAGGAUGCUUGGAGCGUAGAAAAAGCCUGCAGCGAAGUAACAGCGACCACCAUAAUGGCAAAUCAGGAUGAUCCCACAUGCAGGAGUUACGUAACUUGUUCUUUCAUCAAUGGACAAGUUAGGGGGCUAAUAUAUACUUGCAAGAAUGGAUGGUAUUUUGAUGUCAACCUUAAGAUUUGCGGAACCGCAAAGCCAGAUGGUUGCGUGGAGGCAGAAACUACAACCACAACAACGACUACGACAACAACAACAACAACAACGACUACGACAGCAGUGCCCUGGACCAAGGAGGCAACCUGCGCGGAUAUUACCAAAACUGAGAUGUUUGCCAACGAAGACGAUCCCACCUGCAAGAGUUAUGUAUAUUGUUAUAUUCCCAACGGAACCAUCGUGGCUUUGAUAAAGAAUUGCAAGGCAAACCAAUAUUAUGACACCUCUUUAAGAGUUUGCGUCGGAACCAAACCCGAUUAUUGUACGUAA